AUGCUCUCACGUGUUGCUGCAGUGAAGGCACCCCGCACACACAACCGUUGCCUUAACACCGGAUCGAGCGGAAGGAGGAGGGAAGGAAGAGAGAGUGAGCAGCAGAGGCCCAACAUGUCCCGGCAUCUCUUCUGUUCUGCGGUGCCGCUCCUCCUCGUUGUGAUGUGGAUGUGCUGUGAUCCUUGUGGUCCCGCAGCCGCUGAGGACAGCAAUUCAGGGGAUGUGCGGCUGCCGCAACGGGUGGGUCUCUUUUUGCCGCAGAAGACGUCGGUGCUGCCGAAAGAGGGGGCGGGUCCGGGUGAUGUAAGGGAUGCAUUUGUCUCACCCUCUAUUGUCAGUGCUGGAGGAGUAAUUGUUGCUCUUGCUGAGGGUCGGAAGUGGCAUAGUGCUCCGCAGCAUCCAGCCGCCAAAACCCUUGCGAUUGAUAUUGUUGCGGGGUACCUCAACGCUACGGAGCCGUGGCCGUCCAUGGUCGCCUAUAUCACCUCCAGUAAGUGGAAUGCACACACCGUCUUUGACAGAGAAACCCCAAAGGAUGGGUUGGGCAUGGCGAUUCUACCCACGUCACUUUCCAAGGGCAACGAGCUGUUCCUUCUUGUGGGAAGCUCUUACUUUGUUUUUGAUGCUACUACGCAGCAUUGGGUUGAAGGUGGAGGGGACAUCCAUUUGGUUAAGGGUGAGGUCACGCCGUCCACGGAAGACGAGCCGAGUAAACGGGUCCGAUGGGGCAGACCUCAAUCGCUGUUGGGGCUGAUCACCGAACGUACCAAACAACUUGGCCUGCACCACGUUUCCGGUGCUGGUGGCUCAGGCAUUGUGCUUGAGAGGGGCUGGUUUGUGUUUCCCCUGACGGCGUUAAAAGGCGAAGAAAAAACCGUCUUUACUAUUUAUUCAGUGAAUGGCGGCAGCAGCUGGGACGUCGGCACAGGCACGCCUCCUGGGUACUGCAUGGACCCUCUUAUUGCCGAAUGGGAGGAAAAACUUCUCAUUGUUGUUUCUUGUACGGGUGGCCGCAAAGUGUUUCAGGCGGGUGACAUGUGGGACACAUGGACGGAGGCUCCCGGGGUACUGUCACGCUUGUGGACCAGCGAGCCAAACCCUCGGGGGCUAAAUUUUGCGUUGGGAGAUCUCCUCACUCUGAACUUUGGCAUAAGGAGUCUCAUGCUGUACACUCAGAAAGGGUUUCCCCAGGGGGAAGGCAAAGCCAAUGCGCUCUACCUUUGGGUCACGGAUAAUAGCCGCGCGCGUCCUGUUGGCCCAAUUUCUAUGGAUGAUGAUGGGGAGAGGACGGUUGCCAACAGACUGCUGCACUCAAAUAAUAUGCUGUACCUUCUGCAUGAGAGAAGAGAUCAAAGUACCGAUGGCAUUUUUCUUUCCCCACUGAAGGAGGAGCUCGACACAAUUAUGUCCGUCGCGAAUAGUUGGGCACUGAUGGACAUUUUCUUUUCCGGGUUGUCUAUACCCACGGAUGGGCUGGUUGCUUCUUUGUCCGAUUUAGCCACUCCUGACACGUGGAUCGACAUGUACCACUGCGUGAAUGCAACGGUGACAAAUGCCGAGAUGACCCCACAUGGCUUUAGGUUUACGGGGCCUGGGUCCAAGGCGGUCUGGCCCGUGAACAGGGGGGAAUUGAACAGGCAGUACACCUUUGUGGAUUACAACUUCUCCCUUGUGGCGACGGCGGUCAUCGAGAGGGUGCCCGCGGGCAGCGUCCCUCUGCUGGGUGUGAAAUUGGAGCAUUCUAAUCGCAGGGGGUUCAUUGGGCUGUCUUGCACCGCGGAGGGGAAGUGGGAGGUGUCGUUAGACGGCAAUACAACGAGAUCGAGCAGCAAUUGGGAGCCGGGGAGAGAAUACCAGGUGGCGAUCAUGCUGCGGGACAACAGAGGCUCCGUGUACGUGGAUGGCGUUGUGGUGGCGAGCUCCGAGACGAUGCCAACUCUUGAGACGCGGUUUAUUCAACUCUCGGAGUUCUACUUUGGGGGCGACGAAGGUGACCGAGGCAGCAGCGUGGAGGUGAAGAACGUUUUGCUGUACAAGCGCAUAUUAACUGCUGCCGAGCUAAGAACCAUACAAUGGAGUGCCUCCUCCACAAGUGGAAGUGGACCCGACACCUCGAUGCGUGGGAGUAUGCCUUGGCUGCCUUGGCUGCUGCUGCUGCUGCUGGGGCUGUGGGGCUUUGCGGCCCUUUACGGAGUGUAA